AUGGCUGGACGAAACGAACCAACACCACUUCCUAAUUUACCAGGAUAUACAUUUGGAGAAAAACUAGGCGCUGGAUCAUAUGGCACUGUAUAUAAAGCAAGACUGAUACCGAUUGCUCAAACUCGGCCAAGUUCAGCUAUAUCUGCUCGUCCAAUUUUCUAUGCUAUUAAAUGUAUUAGUCGUAAAGCUUUGACUAAAACUACUCCAGAUAUUCUUAUCAAUGAAAUCAAAUUACUCAAACACAUUAAACAUGAUAAUAUUGUAGAAAUGUAUGAUUUUUCGUGGGAUGAAAAUUAUAUAUAUAUUGUUAUGGAAUAUUGUGCUGGUGGUGAUAUGUCAAUGUUUAUACGUUCACGACAGCAAUUAUCUGAAGCACGUGCUCGACCUUUUGUACAACAAAUUGCACGAGUAUUAAAAUUUCUUUAUGAAAAAAAACUUAGUCAUAUGGACUUGAAACCUGAAAAUAUUCUUUUAACAUCAAUCGAUAAACCAAUAUUAAAAAUAGCUGAUUUUGGUGUUGCACAAUAUAUUGGAAGACGAGGUAGUACAAGUAUUCGUGGAACAUUAUUAUAUAUGGCACCAGAAAUACUUUCUUCACUUCCAUACGAUAAUCGUGUUGAUCUUUGGUCUGUUGGUGUGAUACUUUACGAAUGCCUCUUUGGUCGACCACCCUUUGUUUGUUCAUCUGUGGAUGAACUUAUUGGUGAAAUCAAAUCAAAUAUUCCAAUUGAUAUUCCAAAUGAUACUCGAAUUUCAUCUGAAUGCCGUGAUUUACUUGAAGGUUUAUUACAACGUGAUCCAAAUAAACGAAUAAGUUUUAAAGAUUUUUUUCGACAUCCAUUUAUCUUUAUUGAUUUAUCAUCUCAAAUAUCGCGUGCAGAUGAAUUUCUUCACAAAUCAAUUCAUUAUGAACAAUCAGGUAACUUUAAAAAAGCACUUGAUUAUCGUGUUCGAGCAUUAGAUGAAUAUGUGGCUAUUAUCAAAGUUGAUGAAGAUGAUAAUCGAAGACAUCAAUUAAGAAGUAAAGUAAAACAAGGUUUGGUUGCUGCUGAAGCAUUGAAAAGACGAAUGAGAGAAACACAUCCUAAUUCUGCAUCAACCGUACCAACUACAACAACAACUGCUGCAUCACCACCGGAAAAUUUCGAUUUGAACCAUAAUAAAGAACUUUCUGAUGCUUAUCAACACUGUUUAAAUGGCAAUCAACUUGUGAGUGUCUUAAGAUAUGGUCAAGCUUGUGAAGAAUAUCAAAUAGGUUUAAGUGUAAUGCUUCGUGCUAGACGAACUGAAACAGAUCCGGUGAAAAGUAAAAUACUUCAUGAUGUGAUUUCCUUUUAUUUAAGUAAAGCUGAAUUAUGUAAAAAUAAAAAUGAAGCGCAACAAUUGGAUAUUAAUAUGGCAAAAAUCCAAGAAGAUAGUAUACUUGAUAAUACAAUGUUAGAUGAAUCAAAUGUUAAUGCAGAAAAAAAAUCAACAUCACAACAAAACUGUUGUUUACAGUGA